GCUGGGGCGCAGUGGUGCAGUCUCAGCUCACCGUGACCUCCGCCUCCCAGAUUCAAGUAAUCCUCCUGCUUCAGCCUCCUGAGUAGCUGGGAUUAUAGGCGCUUGCUACCACGCUCAGCUAAUUUUUGUAUUUUUAGUAGAGAUGGGGUUUCACCAUGUUGGCCAGGCUGGUCUCAGGGUGAGUUCUCUUGCCAUCUGAAGGGAGGACACGGCCACUGCAUCCCUCUGCAGUGAGGCAGCGUGUUGACAGCUCUUCCCUCUGUGUGUGAAUGGAGAGCUAGAAUGAGCAACAUCAGAGGAAACCUCCAGCAUGAAAGCAGAAGCCAGGAAAAGCAGAGAAGACCAAGGGAGCUGAGAUACAGAGCGCAGGGACCAGAAAAAGUAAUUUAAAACCCCCCAUGAAAAGCAGCCCUGUAUAUGUAGGCUUAGAGAUAAGCGUGAAGACAGGUCCCGACAUGGGCAUUUGGAGAAGAGGAGGGAGCCCGUGGGGGUGAAGCAUACACACGUCAUUGGAAGGGUUGGAGGAACGGAGGACAGAUCCUAGAACAGCGGCAACAGCAGCAAGCGUGGGACACAGAGUCCAGCAGCAAGCGUGGGACACGGAGUCCAGGAACAGGCGGCAACAGCAGCAAGCGUGGGACACGGAGUCCAGGAACAGACAGAGAUGCAGACCAGGGUGGAGUGCAGAGUGCGCCAUGAGCCGGGCUGGAAGGACGUGAUCUCUGGACCAAGGAAGACUUUGCUUGAGGCUCCUUGAGCAUUUUCUAAAGUUGGGGCGAGAGAAGACCCUGAAAGCUGAGCAGGCAUCCUGGGAGUGGGCUUCUUACAGAAGUGGAGGAGAGAAGAGAUGUGGUCUUCACGUGCCCCCCUUCUCAGGAAGCUGCAAGAUGAGGGUGAGGGGUGCCCCGAGUGGGCUAGAGCACAGCCCCGCCAGUCCUGAGCACAAGGUGGGACUCUGGGAGCAAAAGGGCUGAAGGUGUCCUGACAUCUUUGACCAAAAGGCUCAUUCCUAGGAGGUUUAUAAAUCUGCUGGGGAAUUUGGGGCAAGAGUUUAUACUAGGCAGAAACUUUGUACUUGUAAAAAGGAAGAAAUUGUGAACUUUGGAGAACAGACCCCACUGUGUGGCCUAACUGGAAACACUAUAGUGACGUGAUAAUGUCAGCGAUGACUUGACAAAAUGUUCACACAGCCGUAUUGGGAGGUGGGGGGUGGGGCUGUGUUGGCAAAGAGAUACACUCUGACGUGCCUUCAAGCCAGCAGGUGAUGCUCAGAGGGGCGCGCUGGGGCACAGUCCAGGAGCAGCAGUGUCCGCAGGCUGUGUGCAUGGGUGUAAAACAGGCACAAAUCCUGAAGAGCCCGUGGGCAUGGACUGCUCAUCUGUAAAGAAAGUGGAGACAUGACCUUGAGAUUUGGCUCAGACCCAGCAAUGCCGGGGCCUUCGCAAGUCUGAUGUUACAGGACUCCAGUGCCUGUUGGUGUGGACGGAGGACACGGGGCCCCGACCAUGGUCACACUCAUCACUGAGAAGCUGCAGAGCCAGAGCCUGGAUGACCUCACCUGCAAGGCCGAGGCUGGCCCGUUGCAGUAUUCUGCUGAAACCCUGAACAAGAGCGGUCGUCUGUUCCCUUUGGAGCUCAAUGACCAGAGUCCCUGGAAGGUCUUCAGUGGAGGACGGCUCGUCGGAAGACAGGCAGCCACGGGCCCUGAUUUCUCCUUCCUGCCGGGCCUGUCUGCUGCUGCUCACACUAUGGGUCUUCAGUGGCAGCCAGAGUACCCGGGCCCAGGCGCAGGCCUGGGUGCAGCCAGCACUGUGGACCCCAGUGAAAGCACAGGCUUGUCCACGGCCCCACCGACCAAGCGGCAUUGCCGGUCCUUGUCAGAACCCGAGGAGCUUGUGUGCUGCUGGUCCCCCUGGCGCCCUGGCAGCUCCAAGGUCUGGACUCCAGUCUCCAAGAGGCGGUGCAACAGCGGCGGGAGCGCCACGCUGCAGGGAAGCCCCAGCGCCGUCCUGCCUAGGGGUGCUGUGUGGUUGGCCGGUCCCACCCUGCCUGCCACGCCCCGGCCGUCCUCGGCCAGCAGCGGCUUCGUGGACAGCAGCGAGGGCAGUGCAGGCUCAGGCGCGCUCUGGUGUUCCGCGGAGUCCUGCUUGCUCCCCGCAAGGCGCCGCCUGUCCCUCUCACAGGAGCAACUCGCAGGUGUGGGCACUCCCCUGCCCUCGGCCAGCAGCAGCCCCACGUCCACACCUGAACUGGGCCGGCUCCGCGGGCUGCUCCGGUGCCGCUCACAGCCAUGUGUGCUCAGUGGGAAGAGGAGCCGGUGCAAACGGAGGCGUGAGGAGGAUGCCAGGUGGACACGCCCAUCCUUGGACUUCCUAAAAAUGACCCGGACUUUAAAAAAUUCAAAAAGCCUUUGCUCCCUCAAUUAUGAAGAUGAUGAUGAGGAUGACACCCCAGUGAAGACGGUUCUGUCCUCCCCAUGUGACUCCCGGGGCCUCCCUGGCAUCACCAUGCCUGGCUGCAGCCAGAGGGGCCUUAGGACCAGCCCUGCCCACCCCAACCUGUGGGCCUCAAGGGAGUCGGUGACCGGUGAUGGCUCCUGCAGGAGCAACGGUGACCCCAGUGAUGGGGACAGUGCUGGGGAGGAGGGCAUCUUCCCCCGGGCCCGCGGGGAGCUGGACCUGGAGCAGAUCGAGAACAACUGAGGCUGGUAGGGGCUGGUUGGGGCCACUGCUGCUGCCUGCACCUGCCCUGGGGCACAGAGUAGGUUUCAUGUGAGCUGGUCGGGGCCAUGGCUGCUGCCUGCACCUGCCCUGGGGCACAGAGUAGGUUUCAUGUUGCUUGGAACAUUAAGGCGUAAUUUUGAUUCAGUUUUUCCUAAAGAAGCAUUUUGCAUUUUUAUGGCUUUUGCAGUUCGGGAGAAAGCUUCUCUAUUUUGGAUGCAUUUCAGAAGGGCGUUCUAUUAAACAUGAAUCUGCAAACAGA